AUGGCAAAAGGCGUGGAAAUAUCAACGAACGAACAGUUAUAUGUUUUAGAAUCCCUUAAACAAGGAUUUAGAACAGACGGUAGAAAACUAGAUGAGGCCAGACAGCCAAAUAUAACAUUAUCUCCUACAGAGUAUGGAUAUGUUGAGAUUGAAUGGGGAUUAACAAAAUUGGCAGUAAGGGUCUCAGCUGAGAUUGUUGCUCCAUACGAAGAUAGACCUUUCGAAGGGUUAUUUAUGAUAAAUACAGAAAUAUCACCCAUGGCAUCGGCCCAGUUUGAAAAUGGAAAAAAUUCGGACGAUGAGAUUUUGAUAUCUAGACUUAUUGAAAAGGCGAUCAGAAGGUCGAAUGCGUUGGAUUUGGAGUCCUUGUGUAUUGUAGCGGGAUCUAAGGUUUGGCAAAUAAGAGCAGAUAUCAAUUUUUUGAAUUAUGAUGGGGGCAUCAUCGAUGCUUCAAGUUUGGGAGUUAUGGUUGCAUUGCAGCAUUUUAAGAAGCCGGAUAUUUCGAUAAACGGGGAAGAUAUCAUAGUGCAUAGUAUUGACGAAAGACAACCUAUUCCGUUGUCCAUAUUGCAUGUACCAAUCUGUAUAAGUUUUCUGUUUUUCAAUCCGGUGGGCAUAGAAGAAAAUAUCAAGGGAGAUUUGAAUGAAGAGAUAUCUAUAAUUGAUGCCAAUCAGCAAGAAGAAUUAUUAAGAGACGGCUCACUUGUCAUAACCAUAAAUAAAAAUCGUGAUUUGAUUCAAUUAUCUAAGAACGGUGGUUUGCCAAUAGAUGUAAUGCUUUUGAUGCAAUUAGCCAAAAAGGCCUAUGUUAUAGCAGACAAUUUAACUGAUAAAAUCAAAGAUUUAUUACAAGCUGAUGAGAAAGAAAGAUACGAAAGAAUGAACUUGAAAUUGUUAGAAGUAGGUGCUGAUAGGUAG